GAAGGAUGAAGUCUCCGAUCUCCUAAAUUGUACGAUUACCAUCAGUCUUCUACGCACGUCGACAGGAUUCCCUUCAACCCAACUGGGAGCUGCUGGACAAGUCAAUGAAGGUGCAUCGGUGAAGUGACGCCUUCGUGCAGUGUUACAGCGGCACUUUCCUCCGUUGCCUCCUUCUUCCCGGAUCGGAACAAGCGCAGCGACAAAGAAACUCCAGUCCAGCCCCAGAGACAGUGAUCGGGCUUCGGCCUCAGGUGCAUCUCUGAGGCGGGGCGAGGCGGAGAUCCAGGUGUUGGAGGCAUGGACUGCAACUGCGUCAGUGAUUUGCUGCUCCCCCCUGUGCCCGCUCUUUGGACGCCAGGGUUUGCCUUCCCAGACUGGGCCUACAAGCCCGAGUCGAGUCCUGGCUCCAGGCAGAUCCAGUUGUGGCACUUCAUCCUAGAGCUAUUGCAGAAGGAGGAGUAUCAGGGCGUGAUUGCCUGGCAGGGAGAUUACGGAGAGUUUGUCAUCAAGGACCCAGAUGAGGUGGCCCGGCUGUGGGGGAUAAGGAAAUGCAAACCUCACAUGAACUAUGACAAGCUGAGCAGGGCUCUGAGGUAUUACUACAACAAGCGGAUUUUGCACAAAACCAAAGGAAAGCGUUUCACCUACAAGUUUAACUUCAGUAAGGUGGUGCUGGUGAACUACCCCAUCCUGGACAUGGCCAACUCUCCCUUCUUUCUGGCCCAGAACCACUUUAAUGGAGGUUCUGCCACACCGGACUGCAGCCCAGAGGCCAUACAGUCUUUAUUUCCUCGUUUGCCCGACACUGGCAGAGGAACAUCCCUGUUUGAUCGGGGGACUACGGCACCAGCACCCGAAGGAGAUAAAUUGAGACUGGACACGUUUCCUUUUCUCAGUUCAGGUGCCCCAUGCUACACAAAACCCCCGUCUCUGCUGGGCCCUUACCCUCGCAACCCACCAUUUGACUACCCCUGGGGCUUCAACCCUUACCUCCCAGGGGCCUUCUCUCUCAAUAACUGCCCCAAACUGCCCCCUGGCUCCCUCUACCCCUCCCAGUUUUACCCCAACCCUUUGCAGAGCAGCCUUUCCCAGCUGCCUCACCCCUUCUCCUCCCUGCUACCCCCAGCAGAGGCAGGUGGGGGUGAGAGGGGAGCAGCAGGGCAAACCGGUGGGACAAAUGGCACGGCGGGUGGUCAGCCAGCCAGACUUUGCCUGCCGCCCUACCCGGGAAGCCUGUCAAUGGGUCGGACAGAUAUUGGCAAUGGGGGAGCUCGGGGGGAAAGGGAAAGGGUGGAGGUCAAUCCUCCGGGCACAGGGCUGAGUCUGGGGCUAGGAGCGGUCGGCUUAGGAACCGGAACUGGGACAGGCCAACAGAGCCCCACAGAGAGAAGAGGAGGAGUAAAGCAGGACCCGGAGUCAGACUCAGACCUGGAAAUUACAGAUCUGAGUGACUGCAGCUCGGAGAACGAAAACGAGCAUGAAUUUGGCAUCAGGAAGGAAUCCAGCCUCGCAAACCGAUCGCAGAUCGUGUUGGAUGGAAAGAAAGGAAGCGUGCUGCCGCCCAUCACCUCUCUUCCUCCGCCAGUGUCCCCUCAUCCUCUGAAGAGCCUGAUUCCCAUCACUCCUCCUCCUCCAUCCCUGCCUCCGUCGCUUUCCCCUUCCAUGGCUCUGCAUGAAAGACACAGGGAAACAGAGACUCUCAAAAUGAUACACAGCUAAGACAUUUUGUGAUGCAUCAACCAUCUUACCAGUCGAUACUCUAAUAACUCUCUUCUUCUCUCCUGUCAUUUCUGAUACUUUUUUUUCAGCUUUGAAUGAUUAAACACACAGUCACACUUGAUGGAUUUUUUUUCCCAGAAAAAGCAGUUUUAUCUUUUACUUGUUUCCCUGUUUGCUGUGUAAGUUUUUACUUGACAACUGUCUGUUACAACACUGUCUCGUCCAGCUUUGAAUAUAUUAGGUGAUCAGUUUACAGGGUGUCAUCUACCUGUAUCAUCAUUUUAUCCUUUUUGCUCAGAUCUUUUAAACCAAGCAUUUGCCCCAGGUUGCCAGCAGCAGAACUCUCCAUUUUGCUGUCUGUAGCUGAUCGUUGCAGAGAAGUCAACGAGGUGAUAAAUUACAACACAGCAAUUCUUGUCUUGAGAAAUAUCAACAAACAACAUCCUUUUUCUAACAGAACAAAUAAUACACAGAUCGAUUCAAUUUUACAGAUGUCUUCUAAUUCUUCAGAUUUGGAUUGUAUAGACCAGCUUCAAAGAUAUAUGCAAAUAUUGCCACCUAGUGGUCAUUUCACUGAAAGAAUCACCUCAUCUUUACAAACCUGAGCGAAACAGUGGGCCUUCAUUUAAUUUGUUUAUUUUGCUUUUUUUUUUUUUUUAAAAAAAAAAAAGGUAACUAUUAUUUCUUGUGGGUUCACUUAAAUGCUUAAAAUCUAUAUUUUUUACAGUGUUAACUGUGUCAGUAUGUGAAUAUUUACUUUGUCUGGUGGUUUCUUGCACAUUUUCUAAAAGGAAAGAAAAAGAGAGCAGAGAGCUGGACCAAUUUAAAAUUUGUAGGGAUAUUUCGUGUAUAUAUUUUAAUAUGGUGUACAUGACAUUUAAUUAUUAUUCACUAUGAUAAGAUUUAGCUGUAUUGUUGUGAUUUAAUUCAGUAUUUAAAUAUGUUGGAAAAUUAUAAGCUUAGGUGUAUCAAAGUUUAAAUUAUUAAUGGCAAAAGAUCUGCACUCUGAAGAUGUUUUUCUAUGAUGAGGACAGAGUUCACGCUGGGAAUUGUUUCAGAUUUCCUCAACCCUGGUUAAUUGUGCCCUUUGGUCAUUUUUACCAGAUGCCCAGUGAACAAACCCUUUGGGUUCUAAAUAUAUGCUGGUAGACUUAUUUUUCUACUUAGCAUUCACCCAGUGUAACUGUACUGUAAUUAGUCAAAUGUGAAUAAUAUUGGCCUUUGCAUUUUCUUUUUUAAAUCCUCCCCUUAAACAUGUGUUUUGAUUAUUUUUCAAUCAAUGCUUUUCGUCCAUGCCAGCAGCAGCAGGGAUAUUUGGUCUGCUAUAAGACAUUAAACAGUGGAAAAAAAUAUUUACAAAAACAGUUUAUCUUUGCUCUUCCCAAAUCUAACGAGCAGCAUACUUUCUACGACCCAGUUUUCUCAGCACAGAGUGAACACUAAUGUACAGUUUCUUCACCUUUGCAGCCCAUGGUUUGUCAAGCAGUGGCGGUUUAAUGAUCAGUUGUGAAAGCUCUAUUGUAAAGUUAAUGUAAAGCUCUAUGUUUGUUGAGUUGUUCCAGGAGAGGUCUCCAUUCACCUCCAUGUGAAGUUCACUAAACAACUGCUGUAAAUACUGUUUCCUUUGUGUGUGUAUGUGUGUGUGUGCACAUCCAAAAAUGACAAUGCAGUGAGUUUACUGGUCAUCUUUCUUUGUUUUAUUGUAAAGAGGAAAAAUGGACAGUGCAAAAAGAAGAAAAAGAUUAAUAUCUUCAAAAGCAAUAAAUAUUAUUCUGGAUAGUG